AUGGAUGUCAUAGCCCUUCGAGACCGCAUUCAGUCUACUCUAGACGCGAAUGCGGAUAUUCGCCGGCAAGCGGAGCUUGAUUUGAAACAUGCCGAGACGCAGCCCGGGUUUAUCAAUGGACUCUUGGAUAUCUUGCAAGGCGAACAGAACAAUGCAGUUCAGCUUUCAGCUGGUGUCUACCUGAAGAACCGCAUUACCCGUGGAUGGGCCCCCGUCGAAGAUAACCCGCAGCGUGCGCCAAUUCCCGAAGCCGAGAAGCCAGCCUUUAGAGAGAGACUCAUUCCUGCCCUGGCCUCGACCCCUCCCAAUGUCCGCAAUCAACUGGUUCCGCUUCUCCAGAAGAUUCUCCACAACGACUUCCCUGAGAAGUGGCCCGGAUUCAUUGACCUUACUCUGCAACUCCUAAACACCAAUGACGCAAGUACAGUCUAUGCGGGUCUGCAGUGUCUUUUGGCUAUUUGCAAAGUGUACAGGUUUAAGGCUAAUGAGAAGAGGGCUGAGUUCGAUAAGAUUGUGGACCAUUCGUUCUCUCAGCUGCUCAGCAUCGGAUCCAAGCUCGUCGAUGAGGAAAGCUUGGAGGCUGCGGAGAUGCUCCGAAUUGUCGUGAAGGCCUACAAGCACGCAAUUUACUUUGAGCUUUCUCCGUGUCUACAGACCCACCAAGCAACCGUGGACUGGUGUACACUAUUCUUGCGCAUCAUCGCGAAAACGCCCCCGGCAAGUGCUAUGGGUGACUCGAAGGAGGAGAGGGAGAUGAACCACUGGUGGAAGUGCAAGAAGUGGGCAUAUGCCAACCUCAACCGCCUCUUCAUCAGAUACGGGAAUCCCACGACGAUCACGAAAUCCUCUACCCCCGACUACACACCGUACGCGAAGACCUUUAUCAGCACAUUCGCUCCCGAGAUUCUCAAGGGAUACCUGACGGAAAUUGACAAGUGGGUGUCCAAGACCCAAUGGCUUAGCAACUCCGCACUUUCCGCUACCUUGGUCUUCAUGGAGGAGUGUGUCAAGCCGAAGGCCAUGUGGGAGCACCUGAAGCCCCACAUGGACAACUUGAUCGCCCACUUCGUGUUCCCCGUCUUGUGCCAGUCCGACGAGGACAUUGAGCUUUUCGAGGAAGACCCAUCCGAGUAUCUGCACCGCAAACUGAACUUCUAUGAGGAAGUAUCGGCACCCGAUGUUGCUGCCACAAACUUCUUGGUUGCCCUCACCAAGAACCGCAAGAAGCAGACAUUCUCCAUCCUCACGUUCGUCAACAGCGUUGUCAGCAAGUACGAGUCGGCACCGGAAGAUCAGAAGCAGCCCAGGGAGAAGGAGGGUGCUUUGCGAAUGAUUGGUUCGCUUGCUUCGGUCAUCCUCGGAAAGAAGAGCCCGAUCGCUGAUCAGGUCGAAUACUUCUUCGUUCGUCACGUCUUCCCCGAAUUCCGCAGCCCUCACGGCUUCCUCCGUGCUCGUGCUUGCGACACCCUGGAGAAGUUUGAGCAGCUCGACUUCAAGGACCCGAACAAUCUCAUGGUUAUCUACCGAAACAUUCUCGAGUCCAUGACCGACUCCGAACUUCCUGUCCGAGUUGAAGCUGCUCUUGCUCUGCAGCCCCUUAUCCGCCACGAUAUCAUCCGUACCUCUAUGCAACAGAACAUCCCCCAGAUCAUGCAGCAGCUUCUGAAGUUGGCUAAUGAGGUUGAUGUGGAUGCUUUGGCCAAUGUCAUGGAAGACUUCGUUGAGGUGUUCUCUGCCGAGCUUACUCCCUUCGCUGUGGCGCUGAGCGAGCAGCUUCGCGAUACUUACAUGCGUAUCGUUGGUGAGCUGCUGGAACGGAACGCCACCAAGGGAGGUGAUGACGAUGGGUACGGCGAUUUCUUGGAUGACAAGAGUAUCACCGCGCUGGGUGUGUUGCAAACCAUCGGCACUCUUAUUCUUACUCUCGAAAGCACUCCUGAUGUGCUUCUGCACCUCGAGACCAUUCUGAUGCCCGUUAUCAGUAUCACCCUAGAGAACAAGCUCUAUGAUUUGUAUAACGAGAUCUUCGAGAUCAUUGACAGCUGCACAUUCGCCUCCAAGACCAUUUCUCCCUCCAUGUGGCAAGCUUUCGAGCUGAUUCACAAGACAUUCAAGGCUGGAGCUGAGCUCUACCUCGAAGACAUGCUUCCCGCUCUUGACAACUAUGUCGCCUACGGUUCUGAGAUGCUAGUCCAGAACCCGGUAUACCUCGAUGCUAUGGUCGGCAUGGUGCAGGACAUCUUCGCCGACGAGAAGGUCGGCGGUGUUGACCGCAUCUGCGGAUGCAAGCUCGCCGAGACCUUGAUGCUCAACCUUCGCGGUCACAUUGACCAGUAUAUCCCCAUGUUCAUUGAGAUGGCUAUGCAGGUCAUCGAUGCCGGCGAGGCACGCACCAAGUCGUACCGUAUCCACCUAAUGGAGAUGGUCAUCAACGCUAUUUACUAUAACCCGACUCUCAGUCUUCAGGUUAUGGAGGCCAAGGGCUGGACCAACAAGUUCUUCAGCACUUGGUUCGCUAACAUCGACAACUUCAGACGUGUGCAUGACAAGAAAUUGUCAAUUGCUGCAAUCAGCUCGCUGCUUACUCUGAAGGCUGCCGACGUUCCGGUCAGCGUCCAGCAGGGAUGGCCGAGGUUGUUGCAGGGUGUGACAAGGUUGUUCCAAACCCUGCCUGCUGCUCUCAAGCUACGUGAGGAGGCUACCAGGGAGUCCGAUUUCACUCUCGAUGAUGAGGAUGAUGAGGAUGACGAGGACAAUGACUGGGACGGAGAGGUCGAGUGGGACGAGAAUGAGGCCGCCGAGGCUGCUCUUGAUGACGACGUCCCUGACGAGAGUGCUGCUUACCUCGACUUCCUCAACCAGGAAGCUCAAAAGUUCGGCUCAUUCGCCGAUGAUGAUGACGAUGACAUGGACGAGGAGAGCCUCCUGGAGACCCCUCUGGACAAGGUGGAGCCAUAUGGCAUGUUCAAGCAUGUCUUGCUAAGUAAGUGGUCUCUGGACUUGGAACCGUGGUGGUAUCAUUCGCUAACCUUCACCACAGGCCUCCAACAAGAACAGCCUCAACUCUACGAGAGCUUGACCAAGGUUCUCGGUCCCGAAGAGCAGCAGGUCAUCCAAGGUGUCUUCCACGAAGCCGACGCCAAAGCUAUGGCUGCCGCUGCCAACGCAGAGGCCGCCGCCGCAGCGGCCAUGCAGGCCAACGGCCACUGA